AUGGGGGACUUUGGGGGAGCCGGGGCGGAAUGGAACAGCCCUGGGCCAAAGGACCCGGGGACAUCGGAGCCUGGCCCGGCAUCGCUGAAGGGGGAACGAGAGGAGCCAAAGCAGGGAUCUAUUUUAUUUCUUGGAGGCAAUGAAAUAAAGAGCAGUGCUGUGGUAAAAUAUUCAUCUGCUCCGCCACAAGCAGCAUUUGCCCGUCUACAAGAGAAGACUGACCUAAAACUGCCCCCUGCAAACUGGUUGCGUGAAAGUGCUAAAUUGGGACCGGCAGGGGCAACUAUUCUUGGUAACAGCAAGAAAAGCAAACCAUUUUCCAGCUUUGGUAUGGCAUAUGAUUUUAUUGACUCAGUUGGAAAUGAUGUGGAUGUUGUAUCUGAUUCUGAGAACAUUAAAAAACUUCUUAAGAUUCCUUAUAGCAAAUCACAUGUCAGUAUGGCUGUACAUCGGAUUGGGAGAACUCUUUUAUUGGAUGACCUAGAUAUUCAAGAACUCUUUAUGAGAUCAUCACAGACUGGAGAUUGGACAUGGUUAAAAGAAUUCUAUCAGAGAUUAAUAGAUCAGAAGUGGCAAAGGAAGAAGAAGAGCAAAGAACACUGGUACCAGAAAGCUAUACUUUCCAAAUUUCUGUAUUACAGUAUCAAUGGUGAUGGAGCUGCUCAGCCCAUUCCUAACCCUGACGAACAGCAUCAAGAAGAGACAGCUGACGAUGAAGCUUGUGAAGCUGGAAGAGUUUCUUGGCCAGCCCCUUUUGAAAUGCCUUCCUCGCUAUCUGAAGAUGCAAGUUCUUCUAACCAGGGCCUUAAAAAUGACUUUGUUCGGAACAUCUUGUGGACAUUUGAAGAUAUUCACAUGUUGGUUGGAUCAAAUAUGCCUAUAUUUGGAGGAGGAAGAUACCCUGCUGUGAGCUUGCGUCUCAGGGAUAACAAUAAGCCCAUUAAUGUGCUGACAGGCAUUGACUAUUGGCUGGACAACUUGAUCUGCAAUGUGCCAGAACUUGUAAUGUGUUUCCAUGUCAAUGGAAUUGUCCAGAAGUAUGAAAUGAUUAAGACGGAAGAUAUACCCAAUCUGGAGAACUCUAAUUUCUCUACGAAAGUAAUAAAAGAUAUUGCUCAAAAUAUUUUAUCUUUUUUGAAGUCUAACUGCACCAAAGAAGGACAUACAUAUUGGCUAUUUAAGGCAAGUGGAAGCGAUAUAGUAAAGCUAUAUGACCUCACAACUCUCUGCGAAGAAACUGAAGAUAAAUACCAGAACCCUUUUACAAUGCCUGUAGCAAUUCUUCUAUACAAAGUUGCUUGCAAUAUGAUGCUGAAGAAAAACCAAAACAGGAAACAUUAUGGUACUAUCAGAACAUUACUCCUUAAUUGUGUGAAGUUAUUGGACAAGGGUAGACAUCCUCAGAUUAUUGCUUCAGCAAACUACAUGCUCUCAGAACUGUUCCAGCUUGAUGAGCCUAAAAAAGAAGAGGCUGGCGAGUUUCCCUUAAAUGGGAAUUCUGAUGAAAGCUACAGUGAAGAAGAAGAAGAAAUGCCUGAUAGUGAUGAAAACGGAUCGUAUAGCACCAGCUCAGAUCCUCCUGAUGACAACAAGGCAGUUGCUGUAAUCAAAUCUGUCGGAGAAUUGUCUGUUCCUGAAAAAUAUAAAUCUACACAUCAGAUACGUCCUAGCUGUGCAUUUCCUGUUUGCCAUGACACUGAAGAACGAUGCAGACUGGUACUCAUCUAUGUUCUUGAGGGCUUAAAAUCAGUUGACAGUAGCAUCAAGAAGGAAAGCGAUCUUCCUGCAGCUGAUCCUCAUACCCCUAUUCCAUUAAAGUAUGAGGAUGAAUCAAGUGCUGGUCAUGAAUGCCUUGAGAAACAGAUGGCCUUGUUUUUAGACAAGAUGGGGUUGUUUCAAGAAGUUAAACAUUCUAGUCAGUCAGGAAUGAUUCCGGGAUCAUGGCAGUACAAAAUGAAACUUCAGCUGAUUUUGAAAUCAUCAAAAGCUUACUAUGUCCUCUCUGAUGCUGCUGUGAGUCUACAAAAAUAUGGGAGAGCAUUACGAUACAUAAAAUUAGCCCUGCAGUGUCAUGAUACAUAUUGCUGCCUCUGCACGAACAUGCUUUCUGAAGUACUCCUGUUUCUUUGCCAGUGUUUAACUCUUUGUGGCGAUAUCCAACUAAUGCUGGCUCAAAAUGCAAACAAUAGAGCUGCGUAUCUUGAAGAGUACAACUACCAAACAAAAGAAGAUCAGGAGAUCCUGCACAGCCUACAUAGAGAAUCCAGUUGCCAAGUAUUUUCUUGGGCAACUGACUUGUCUACAGAUUUGGAAUGCCAGCUUUCAAUUAGCUGCAAAUGUUAUGAGGCAGCUAAUGAAAUUUUGCUCUUUAGUAACUUAAAAGAGCACAAUGCAGAGCAGUACACACAAGUAAUGAAGAGGACUGGUAAUGUCCGAAAUGAAAUUGGAGUAUUUUACAUGAACCAAGCUGCUGCUUUACAGAGUGAAAGAGUAGAGAACAAAACUGUAUCUUCAGCUGAACAGCAGUUGUGGAAGAAAAGCUUCUCUUGUUUUGAAAAAGGAAUUCAAAACUUUGAGUCUAUUGAUGAUGCUACCAAUGCUGCGCUCCUGUUGUGUAACAUGGGAAGAUUGAUGCGGAUUUGUGCUCAUGCCCAUUGUGCUGCUGGUGGAGAUUUUAAAAGAGAAUUUUCCCCUGAAGAGGCCCUUUAUUAUAAUAAGGCUAUUGACUAUUAUCUGAAGGCUUUAAGAUCGUUGGGAAAAAGAGAAGUCCAUUUAGCUGUCUGGGAUUCUGUCAACUGGGAACUGUCCACUACGUAUUUUACUAUGGCAACUCUGUUGCAAGACUAUGCUCCCUUAUCUAGAAAAGCUCAGGAACAGAUAGAAAAAGAAGUUAGUGAAUCAAUGAUGAAAUCUUUGAAAUACUGUGAUGUUGAUACUGUGUCUGCACGACAACCCCUUUGCCAGUACCGGGCAGCUACUAUUCAUCACAGGCUGGCUUCCAUGUAUCACAGCUGUUUGCGAAACCAGGUUGGUGAUGAACAUCAGCGGAAACAACACAGAGUACUUGUCGAUCUUCAUUAUGGUAAAUCAGUGAAGUUUUUCCAGCUCCUGAAAGAUGCACCAUGUGAACUGUUGCGUGUACAGUUGGAAAGAGUUGCAUUUGCAGAAUUUCAAAUGGCAAGUCAGAAUAGUAGUGGUGGAAAGUUAAAGACUCUGUAUGGUGCCUUGGAUAUAAUGACACAGACCCACUCUGUGUUUCAUCUCUUGAGAAAGGAACUGGUUGAUGAAUGUGAGCAGGGACUUGAAGAAGGCAAAAGCAACGCUGAGAAAAUAUCGAUUGAAAAUUCCGCUGUCAGCCUUAAUAAGGAAGAAGUAUCAAAGCUCCUUAGUAUAUUUGAAUCUCGAUUGUCCUUUCUCCUCCUUCAGUCCAUUAAGCUGCUUACAUCAACAAAAAAGAAAAUGGGAGGUAACAUUGAAGAGGAAGACAUUCUUAAGGCCAAUAAGUAUGUUUACUCACUUCUCUUGCGCUCAGUAGCCAAUAAAAACCUGACUCUGCUAGAAAGAAUAGAAAUUAUUUUGAACUUACUGGAACAGUUAACCCAGGACAGUGAAGGCAAAAAUCUGAGCAAUCAGUGACCUAAAACGGAACAGUGGCACACGUCACAGAAGUUGAAUCAGUGCCUUUCUCCAGAAGGGAUUCAUGGUUCUGUUCUUUAAGCUGCUUUUACUUUUUAUUUAUAUUGUAUAUUUAUAAGAUGGCACAGCUGGAAAAACAGAAGUUUACUACUGUACAAUGAGUGUUGACUUACGAUUUGGGUAUAACUUUUACACUUGUAUUUUUUAUUUAAAAGUGUUAAACAUUGAAUAUAGAUGUAAAAAAUGUACAGUCUGUUUUUACCUAAACUAUAAUGGAGUUUGUAGUGUUGCACAGAACGGUUUUGCUAACACUAAUCUUAGACUCCAUUUUGCUGUUUUUGUAAGCAUUUGGUAAACAGAACCUCCAUGGAAGACAUCUACCUGUUGUAUUAAUUAAAACCAUCAAGCAUUUCUAUUUAGAUGCAAUUAUAACACAUACCAUAUUCUUCCAAAAUGUGCCUUUUACUUCAAUGUAACACUUAAUUCAGAUGUUACCCUAGAACAUAAAAUGGCCUCCUUUCUAUCUUGCCCCUACCUUUUCCAGCAAUGAAACUGUGAAUAAACAAAGUUAUAUUUUGAAGAAAUGUAUUUUAAUAUAUAUAUAUAUAUAUUAGC